GUCACUUUUGGUGAUUACAUAUAUAAACCUCGACAAUAACCUUCCCGACAAAAUCACUACCAUUUCGAUUCAAGCAAGCAGCGGCCAUUGCAACACGAGGAUUGUUAGAAGAUAAGAAGAAUGGUGGCUUUUACAUUGCCUCAAAACUCUUCCAUUCAGUGUCUAAGAUCUUCUUUGCUUCCUCAUAAACCUCAAUAUCUCAACAAACCUUCACAGAAGUUACUUCCUGUAAAUGAUACUAAAUUACAUGGAAUUGGAAUUCGAUCAAAAGAAACAAGAGUUGUACCAAAAAUAUGUCAUGCCAUUUCUGAGAAAGCAUCAUUAGGAGGUGUCUUGCCCAAAAAUAACAACCCUGUAAUUGUGAUUGACAAUUAUGACAGCUUCACUUACAAUCUUUGUCAGUAUAUUGGAGAACUUGGAUGCAACUUUGAAGUUUACAGAAAUGAUGAACUUACCGUUGAUGAACUCAAAAAGAAAAAUCCUAGAGGAAUUCUCAUAUCUCCUGGACCAGGUGCUCCACAAGAUUCAGGAAUUUCAUUACAAACAGUACUUGAACUUGGACCUGAUAUACCUUUAUUUGGUGUAUGCAUGGGAUUACAAUGCAUUGGUGAAGCUUUUGGAGGGAAAAUCGUGCGAUCUCCUUUCGGUGUAAUGCAUGGAAAAAGCUCACUUGUUUAUCAUAACGAAGGCGGAGAAGAUAGUUUAUUUUCAGGCAUAUCAAACCCAUUUAUUGUUGGUAGAUAUCAUAGCCUUGUAAUUGAGAAAGAGAGCUUUCCUAGUGAUGCACUUGAAAUCACUGCAUGGACAGAGGAUGGAUUAGUUAUGGCUGCACGUCACAAAAUAUAUCGCCAUUUACAGGGGGUACAGUUUCAUCCAGAGAGCAUUAUUACAACCGAAGGCAAGACAAUUGUUGGUAACUUUAUUAAACUCAUAGAGACCAAGGAAGAAGCUCAAGCUAUUUCUAGAAAUUAAAUUUGGGAAAAUUUAAUAUCUUUAAGAGUUUUUUUUUUCAAGGUACAUGAUUUUGACGUUUUGAUAUUCAAACUAGGAAGAUUAAGUUAAGGGUUCGUUUUUCUUUUUGUAGUUUUUUUAUACCAUAUUUUGCUUAUGUUAUAGAUUUUAUAACUUGUUGGGAAAACAUAUGUGAAGAGGUGAAAUUUGAAAUUGGGAUUUUGGUA